GAUUAGUAUAUGCCAAUAAUCUCAUUAGUACCAACUCCCUCGUGUUACAAAUUAUUCAAUACGUCGUCGGUCUUCAUGUUAUAUUUACAUAAUUAUAAACAUUAUUUGAACCUUAUCGUAACCGUUGAUAUUUGUAUUUUGAUCUUGAUACAGCGUAAACGUUCGUCUGCGUUAUUACUCUAACUGCACGAGUGAACAAGAUAUGGUAUUCACACUGGCCAUGACUUGAAGGUGGACGCAGACAAAUGCAGAUUUAUUUUGCUCAUCUUAAAAUGGACAUCAAAAAGCAAGCACCGAUCAACGGCGAUGAAGAGUACAGACUGUACAGGAUGAGGUGGGUGAUUUUGCUCAUGUAUGUUGUCAGUUGUGCAUGCGGAAAUAUGCAGUGGAUGCAGUAUGGAAUUAUUGGCGACGUCCUUAUUCUAUACUAUGGAAUAUCGUUCGAAGCGGUAAAUUGGUCUUCUCUGGUGUUCUUACUUUGCUACGUCAUCUGCUUGUUUCCAGUCAGUUAUAUUUUGGACAAAUAUGGCCUGAGGGUGUCAAUGAUUCUCAGCGUUGUUGGGAUAGCUAUCGGGGCGUGGUUGAAGGUGGCAUCAAUAGCACCCGAACGAUACUGGGUGUUACUACUAGGCCAGAUCGUAGUGUCAGUAUCUGUUGUGGCUUUAAUGGGCAUACCCCCAAAGCUUGCGGCUGUAUGGUUUGGAUCCCACGAGGUGUCUUCAGCUUGUGGAAUUGGUCUAGCAGGAAUACAGCUAGGUUUCGCAAUUGGAUUUGUCGUACCACCUUUGGUAAUCAGAAGUCAGUAUGAUGUCUCCGUUAUUGAAAGUGACCUGUUUACUAUAGCUUUAGGGGUUGCUAUUACUUGCACAGUUUUGGUUAUAAUAAUUAUACUGGGUUUUUCCGAUAAACCACCAACGCCACCAACGUACGCCGCCUCGUGUACCAAACACCACGACAUUACAUUCGUGCGGCCUUUUAAGAAACUGAUGACCAACAAGCCCUUUGUCCUCCUAAUGUCGGGAUUUGGGAUUGAUCUUGGGAUAUUUUGCGCACUGUCUGCUCUUCUAAAUCAAAUUAUUUUAAGAAAUUAUCCGAAUGGAUUUGUGGACGCCGGGCGCAUUGGGCUAUUAAUGGUGAUCGCUGGUAUUUUCGGUUCGCUGAUAAGUGGAACAAUUUUGGAUAAAUUCAAAUGCUACAGAGGAGCACUACUGUCGUUGCAAACUGUGACCUUUCUUACUCUAAUCGUCUUUACCGUCAUCCUCAGCAUGGACAUUAUGCUAGUUUACGCCACCGUCGGUCUCCUGGGAUUCUACGUCGGAGCGCUGUGGUCCGUGUGUUUUGAAGUUGCGGUCGAAAUAACAUACCCAGAACCGGAAGGUAUGGCCGUUGGUUUGCUGAACGGUUGCGGACAAGGGUUGGGAAUUAUAUUUACGUACAUAUAUUCGACGCUGUUUUAUAAUUUUAACGAUAUUUGGGCUAACUCCGCCAUGUCCGCGUUAAUUUUGGUGGCCCUCGUAGCAAUGGGUCUUAUUCGAAUGGAGCUAAGGAGGGAAGCGGCAAACUUUAAAAAGGACACCGAUAAUUUAGGAUUCAAUGAUGUCUUUUGUAGUAAGCUGUAAUUACCCUCUAGCGUGUUGUGAUGUGUAUCUGCAUAGCUUUUUCUAUAAUUAGUCUUAUGGUGCACUUCGACAACAAUUGCACUGUGCAAUUUAAUUACAUUAAUUAACUUUCUUAGAACAAUGUAAUAUGUAGGUAUUAUUAGUUCCUCACUAUUAUUUCUAUGAAAUAACAAUUCAGUAUUAUGUAAGUUAUUGUAACAAUAACUAAGAAUAAAGUGCCUAAGUAAAAUGAGCACUCAAAAUGAGCUCAUGACAACUUAUUGAAACUGGUUAA